CACAGCAGUGUUUGCCAACCGCGGCUACUGGAGAAGAAGAAAACUGCUCGCUGUAGAAAGCUGAGCUCAGCAGAGACAGAGCGGAAGCUGCAGUUCCAGGAGGAUUAGAGCUUAGUUUACAGUCAGACCUGCUAUUUGUUCUCAGCUCGGUUAAAUCUGAUCUGUGCCUCCAGCUAACGCUGCUCGUCCGGAGGGCUGCUGACGUUCCAGCCGGCCACCAUGACCUCCCCCGCCUCCGUGCACACUCGGCUCGCCGCCGUCAUAGAAGCUCUGGUCCACGCUGCGGUGGCGGAGCUGCAGAGACUGGAGGAGGAGAGGCCGGGAUUCAGGGCUCUAAGGCCCGGAGAGGAGCAACAUGAUGCGGGCAGAGUGCAGCUGGAGCACCGGGAGAAGCUGGUGCAGUUUGCCUCCAUCAUGGAGACUCUGGGAAACGAGGCUUUAGGGAAGAUCCUGAACAUCAUGGAUGAAGCCAGGCUAGUGAUGCAGGUGGGGUGGAGCAGUAAGAAGCCACAGACCAGCGUCCUCUACAUCCUCAACCACGCAACUCUAGCAGAGCUUGAGCACUCAUACGGAGUCAGAAACCAAAGCUGCGAAGCUGAAAGCGCUUCUCAGGUGAGCACAGGGGGCGAGGCUGUGGACACACCGUUCAUUCCAGCGGUGAGCGUUAAAGAUGGACAUGGGAACAUUGACCUGGGAGCCAUUAUAGAGAGAGCUCGUGUUGAAGCCGCUCCAUCUCCGCCGUCUGACCUGCAGGAGCCACCUAUAGAACUUUCUGCUCCCUCUGAUACUUCCCAGCAGGACGCCUCCCGAAGGUUGUUGUCCUGCUCGGUCUGUGGGAAGUCCUUCUCGUCUCAAAGCAACCUGAAGUCUCACCAGCUCAUCCACACGGGCGAGAAGCCGUUCGCCUGCGGCGUCUGCAGCCGGGCCUUCCGCCAGCGGCAGAGCCUGCAGAGCCACAUGCGAACGCACACCGGCGAGCGCCCGUUCGAGUGUCCUGAGUGCGGGAAGCGGUUCUCUAAGCAGGCGCAGCUCAAGACGCACGCCGUCAUCCACACCGGCGAGAAGCCGUACGGCUGCGACGUGUGCGGCCGGAGGUUUAACCUGCCGCAGAACCUGCACCGCCACGCCGUCACCCACACCAGAGAGAAGGUUUUCAUCUGCGGCGAGUGCGGCAAAGGCUUCACCCGCGCCGUCACGCUGAAAACGCACCAGCUCAUCCACACCGGCCAGAAGCCCUUUAAGUGCGAGCAGUGCCCCAAGUCCUUCCGCCACGCUGUCAACCUGAAGAACCACCAAAGGAUCCACAGCGACCUGCGGCCCUACAGCUGUGACCUCUGCGGCAAGACGUUCCGACAGGCGGUGAACCUUAAGAUCCACGACCGUAUCCACACUGGCGAGCGGCCCUUCAGCUGCCAGCAGUGCGGCAAGGCGUUCAGCCAGCAGAGCAGCCUGGUGUCCCACAGCCGCACCCACUCCACAGACCGGCCGUUCCAGUGCCCCACCUGCGACAAGACCUUCAACAACACCAACAGCCUGAAGCUCCACCUGCGCAUCCACACCGGAGAGAAGCCGUAUGCCUGUGACAUCUGCAGCAAGGCCUUCAGCCAGGGAAGCCACCUGAGGACCCACAAGAGGCACGUACAUGCCGGCGGCAAGCAGUUCAUCUGCGACAAGUGUGGCAAGAGGUACGCCGACCAGCGCUACUUGAAGCUUCACAAGUGCUGCUAUGCAUGACCUGUGAACGGAAAGGACUUAGUCAGCCGGCUCUUCAGAGGACGCCACUUCUGCACUUUUCACAGUUUAAACACCCCUGAUGCUGUGGAGACAGCUCGGCCCUCAGCUCUGACAGCCUUCUGUUUUGAUUGGUCUGAACUUUUAAUUAUUAUUAAUGCGGAUUCAGGGGCUUCCUGUGAACAAGUUUUAUAGAUUUAUACAUGAUAUUUUUCAUUUUUUGAAAAGAUGAAUAAAAUGUUAUGUAUCA